GCGCGUCACUUCCUGCAUUUAAAAAUGGCGAACACCAGCAGCCCAGUCGCUAAAUGAAGUGUGUUUUGGUGCUUUGUAGCUGAAAUAUCUGCAGCUGCUACAGGAUAAAACGACUUCUGAUGCAGCGAUAGAAACCAGAUCUGUCUGUGGGAGGCUCGAAAAAGUUUAACCAUGAGUAGCCGAAGGAAGAGGGCCCCUCCUGUGAGGGUGGAUGAAGAAGCCAAGAAGAGGUUGAACUGGAACAUGCUGGAUGAUCGCAAGACCGAGGUGAUCCAGGAGGACGAUGACCAGACACCAACCUGCUCCCUUCUUCCAGUCGACCCUGCUCCCAGCAGCUCCUUUCUCUUAACUACUGAGGACGUCACAGCAGCUGCCUGUACCCAGUCUGUCCAAUUCACAGAGGAACUCCCCUGCACGUCGUCAGAAGGCACUGCUGCCUCAGCCUCUCUGGCACUGACAAUUGUGCCGGCUUCAAAGCUGAGCCACAUCUGGAAGGCACUCAUCGGGGAGUUCAGCAUGCGGCCAGCUUGGCUCCCGUGUGACUGUGAGCAGAAAGCGUUCACGCUCCACAGGAUGGGGGACCAGCUCUGCCUCAGUUACAGCAGCUGUGAUGAGAGCUCAGGGCUGCAGUGGAGGCCUGAUGAGGACACUUGCACAGCAGAGUGCAGCUUCAGUCGGAUCCCGCUAGAGGAACUCGACUGGCUGCAGAAGAGGAGGGUGAUACAAUUCUGCCACCAGCCAAAAGAGGAGUCAAUCAAGGUGGGGAUUUACUUGCUGGAAACUGGGCUUCGGAAAGCCGAGUUCCUCAGCGAGGGAAACGCCCGGCUGAAGAAAGCAAAUCAAGUGAUGCAGAAGUUAAUGGAGUAUUUCUAUGAUUUCAUUAUCCCUGAAGUUGUAGAAAACGAGGAGGAGGAGUGUGACACCGACCUGGAGAGACAAAAUGUCGAAGAGCUCUAUGAUUACGUGAGGCAUCUGCACCAGAGAGAGACCCAGGUGGUGACCUAUGACGUCCAGCACAAGGCUCUUAUUCCUGUGCUCAGACCCUAUCAGAGCCAGGCAGUCAACUGGAUGCUGAGGAGAGAAAAGUACAGGAACACUUCACAUAAAGAGCAAUCGCUGCAUUUCCUCUGGCGGGAGUUGGUCACUUUGUGUGGCAAGAAGUUGUUCUACAACCCUUUCACUGGCUGCUUAAUUCGAGAAUUUCCUUUGGCCGGCAUCGAGUGGCCAGGAGGGAUCCUGGCUGAUGAGAUGGGGCUCGGAAAGACGGUGGAAGUUCUGGCUCUCAUCCUGUUUCACACUCGGCAGGACCUGGAGCAGGAAGCCCUUACCCUGCCGGUGGGGAAAUCUGUGAAUUACUUUGUUCCUCCCCCUCCAUUAGAAAGAAAGAAAGUAACCCGCUGCAAGUCUGAAGUUCAGCCUAAAAUGAAAAUAUCUUACCCAACUGUGCGUGUCAUGCUGCUCACUGCAAUAAAGGAAAUGAGAUCUGGCAAAGGAGCCUCAGUCAACGCUAUCUUCACUUAUAUCCGUGCCACUUACGGUUAUGACCUCUUAAAGAACCGCAACCACAUCAGGAAGACACUGGCAAAGCUCAUAGAUGAAGGCCUGGUUGAUCGAGUGAAAGGCCGUGGCUUGGCAGGGUCAUUUAAGCUGGGAAAGAAAUACAAAGAAACAAAGAAGACAUUAGCAGGAGCAUCCAAGCCUAGUCCAAAAAACACAGAGGGCACGCCCAGGAAAAUGUUUCAGAGACGAGCAAAAGAGAAGGCAGAGGCAGCUCUUCAAAACUCUCUCACAGAAGACCAAACAGAUCUGACCCUCCCUACAUCUGACUGUCCUGUACAAGAAGAAACAGAACUGAAGAAGGAGUGGGAUAAAAGUCUGAAUGAGAAAGCAGAUCAGUCAGAUAAUGUGCUGGAUACGUCCACAACAUCCCUCCAGACGUCUCAGGAUAAAAGUGAAUCAGAUACACAGGACAUGCCCAGAGUGGACGAUCUACCUGAGGAAGAGGAGAAGCUCCUCAGCUCGAUUCACGAGGAGACAGAAACCCCCACCAGAGCGUCUGUGGUCCCUUUCAACACCCCAGACUACCGCUUUGAGUGCAUCUGUGGUGAACUGGGCAUUAUUGACUACAAGGCCCGUGUCCAGUGUAUGAACUGUCAGCUGUGGCAGCAUGCAGACUGUGUUAACUACAAAGAGGAAAGCCUUGAGACUACACCGUUCUACUGCCCUCACUGCCUGGUUGCCAUGAAGCCCGUCUCCACAGGUGCUACCCUCAUCAUCUCCCCGAGCUCCAUCUGCCACCAGUGGGUGGAGGAGAUCAACCGACACAUCAGGUCCUCCUCGCUCCGAGUGCUGGUUUAUCAGGGUGUGAAGAAACAUGGAUUCAUCCAGCCACAUAUGCUCGCUGAGCAGGAUGUGGUCAUCACAACUUACGACGUGCUGCGGUCAGAGCUCAACUACGUCGACAUUCCCCACAGUAACAGCAAGGACGGACGCCGCUUCCGCAACCAGAAACGCUACAUGGCCGUUCCCAGUCCUCUGGUGGCUGUGGAGUGGUGGCGCAUCUGUCUGGACGAGGCUCAGAUGGUUGAAUGUCCAACUGCAAAGGCUGCAGAAAUGGCUCUACGUCUUGCAUCUGUCAACCGCUGGUGUGUCAGUGGCACUCCUGUCCAGAGAGGCUUGGAAGAUCUGUAUGGCCUUGUACUUUUCCUGGGAGUUGAUCCAUACUGGGUGAAACACUGGUGGGACCAGCUGCUUUAUCGCCCUUAUCGACGUGGAAACACAGAGGCUCUGUACAACGUAAUCGCUCAGUUAUUAUGGCGUUCGGCUAAAAAAGACGUCAUUGAUCAGAUCCAGAUUCCCCCUCAGACGGAGGAGGUGCACUGGCUGCACUUCUCCCCUGUCGAGGGUCACUUCUACCACCGUCAGCAUGAGGUCUGCUCCCAGGACGCUCUGGUCAAACUCAGGAAGAUAUCCGACUGGAGCCUGAAACUCGGCAGCCUCGACCGCCGCACUGUCAACACCAUCCUGUGCCCGCUGCUGAGGCUGCGCCAGGCCUGCUGCCAUCCACAGGCUGUGAGAGGGGAAUUCCUACCUCUGCAAAAAAGCACCAUGACGAUGGAGGAGCUCCUUAAGUCCCUGCAGAAGAAAUGUCGAGUGGAGUGUGAAGAAGCUCACAGACAAUUGGUGUGUGCGCUCAACGGCCUGGCUGGAAUUCACAUCAUCAGAGAUGAGUUUGUAGAGGCAGCAGAGAUGUAUAGAGAAGUGCUUCGUUCAUCAGAGGAGCACAAAGACAGACUGAAAACGGAUUCAUUACAGAGACUUCAUGCUACCCAUAAUUUGAUGGAACUGCUGAGUGCAAAGCAUCCUGGGAUACCUCCAACACUGAGAGAUGACCGUCUGAGUGAAGAGGCUGAGCAGCUGCGCCAGCACUAUAUGACCAAAUAUGACUCGGAGGUGGCGGACGCCCAUCAGGCUCUGCAGCCAGUGUUACAGAACAUCAAAGAGCUAAAACGCAAAGUUAAUCUCAACUCUCCCUGGUGGCUAGAUGUCAUUCAGAGAGCAAUCCGCUGCUCCACUGACGACGAUCUAGUGUCCCGCAUCAAGAAUGAGCUAACAUCCAGCUACAAGCAACAAGCCAGCAAGCUCUCCAUGGCUGACAAGUUCCGUGACGCCUGUGGUUUGCAGUUCCUGCUCACCACUCAAAUGCAAGAUCUGAUGAAAUCGCAAAAGACUGUGCAGGAUGCAGUGAAGAGUCUUGAAGGCCCAGCUUCAAAGAAAGUGAUUGAUGAAGCCACCAUUUGUCACCUCAGGCCUAUGAGACUGCCACUCAAUAACUGCGUCUUUUGCAAAGCUGAUGAACUUUUUAUAGAUUAUGAGUCCAAGCUGUUUUCUCACACGGUGAAGGGUCAGACGGCUAUCUUUGAAGAAAUGAUCGAGGAUGAAGAGGGGCUGGUGGAUGACCGUCUACCCACCACCAGCCGAGGUCUCUGGGCAGCCAGUGAGACUGAGCGCACCCUGAAGGCCAUCUUGUCUUUUGCCAAAGCUAAACGCAUGGAUCCAGAGCUGGUGGAGGAGGGCAACACUUUCAUGGAGCUGUUUGAGAACUGGAAGAAGGAGUACAAGGUGCUACAUGAGUACUGGAUGGUGCUGCGUAAUCAUGUGUCAGCCAUCGAUGAGUUGGGCAUGGCCACAGAGAGGCUGCGUGUGCGCCUUCCUGACGAGCCAAAGCCCAAACUGCUGCACAUCAUCGAGCCACAUGAGGUGGAGCAGAACAGAGUGAAGCUUUUGAACGACCAGGCAGUGGCCAAGUCUCAGCUUCAAAAGAAGCUCGGCCAGUUUCUCUAUCUCACGAAUCUGGAGAAGUCCCAGGACAAGUCUACUGGAGGGCUGAACCCAGAGCCAUGUCCCAUCUGUGCUCGGCCCCUGGGACAGGAGUGGGCAGUGUUAACUUGUGGUCACUGCUUCUGUAAUGAGUGUAUUGCUAUCAUUGUGGAGCAGUACAGUGUGGGCUCAAGGCGGCGUGCCAUCAAGUGCGCCAUUUGUAGGCAGACCACAUCCCACACAGAGAUCUCUUACGUGUUCACCACACAGGCGUCCAGUCAGGACCAGGACAUCCCAGUCAAGGGAAGCCACUCUACCAAAGUAGAGGCGGUGGUGAGAACACUGAAGAAGAUUCAAGUCACCAACCCCGGGGCCAAGUGUCUCGUUUUCUCCACGUGGCAGAGCGUCCUGGACAUCAUUGCUAAGGCCUUGUUUGACAAUAACAUGGAGUUCUCACAAAUAAAUGGGAUUCACAAAUUUCAGGAGAAUCUGAGCUCCUUCAAAUAUGAAGAGAAGAUCAACAUUCUUCUCCUGCCUCUCCACACGGGCUCCAAUGGUCUGAACAUCAUUGAAGCGACUCAUGUGUUGCUGGUUGAGCCCAUCCUCAACCCAGCUCAUGAGCUCCAGGCCAUUGGCAGGGUGCACCGGAUUGGCCAAACCAAGCCAACAUUUGUUCACAGAUUCCUCAUUAAAUCCACUAUUGAAGAGAGAAUGCAGGCAAUGCUGAAGACAGCAGAGAAAAGUCACACCAGCACAACCAUGAAGCACUCUGAGGCUGCAGUCCUGACAGUAGCUGACCUCGCUGACUUGUUCACUGAAGAUACUGAACCUCUGGAGUGAAUAUAAACACCAUGCAGCACAGGAAAGGACACCUGCUAAAGAUACAAAAGCAAAGAUAGCUCACUGUCUUAACAUCAGUGAUAAAGAAGUACUCUGAAUUUGCACAUUCCACUUUUUUUUAUAUAUGCAUCCUGAUGUUAUCUAAUGCAUUUCCAAAAAGAUAUUUUAACAAAUUGCUGACAACAGAUUACAACGUGUUUCUUGUUUGUAUUCAAGAACAAAUUUUAAAUCUCUUUGGAGUAUUUGUGUAUUUGGGUCACUUGUCAUAAGUUACUGAUUCAGUAACCUGUCCAAGAUCACAUUUGACUGGACUGUACAGUAUUGCUGUUUGUGUUAAUCUAAUAUAAUUAUGUGCAUUUAUAUAGAACUACACUGUAUGGCAAGAGGGAUAAAUAUGGAGAAAUUCACAUGCUGAAAUCACAUCAGUGAUUGAGGUAUUCAGGAAAUAUUCAGGAAAUAAAGACCUGUCGAAUGCAGACUGUCAACCUGUUAUGACUCAA